GUUUCAUGUUGAAUAUUUCAGUUUAAAAAGGAAGUGUCACUCCAGGGCUUGAGGACUGUAGUCAGGUAUAUACACAGCGUGUCGCUUCAACGAUCGCAAUGCUACAGAUGCUGUUACCUUAAGAAAGUUUGAAAUAUGGUUUGUAAGCGAGCGGUGUGUUUUGCGCACAGUGUCACCGGCUCGAACCCUCGGUACGCAGAAAAUGGCUGGUCGCAGGUCCGAGCUCGGGGUGUCUCCUUACAGUGCUGCAGGAUAGACAAGCGGCUGUGAGCUUUUCUCCAGGAGCGAAUUAAACGCGUUUAGCGACACGGGUUCGAGCGACUACAUCAAAGAAUGGGCACACAUUGGGAGAAUGAGACAUUUCAUGUCAAAGAUAUUUGGUCCCUGGGUCUUGACACCAUCUGUAAUAGAUCUUGCGGUCUCAGCAUCAGAAGACAGAAAGUGAUGCCAGAGAUUGCUGACCUUUUCCAGGGGCAAGAAUAAGGACGGAGACCAAUUGCUCCACCAGAAGAGAAAAUGGUUCUUUUUGCAUGAUUUACAAGUGGAUUUGAAAGAAAAGUUUCAGUGAAUUCUCAGGUAGUAAUAAACUGACUAGUACACAUUAAGUGGCAUCAUCACUCCCCCUCUUGUGAGCUAACAACCAAAGUUAGCAUAUUCUUGUUUCAACCGUCAGAGGAUAUUGUUCAGGAGUUUAGCCAUCCAGGGGGACUGAUGUUAACUGUAUCGGAGUCAGUCAGAAGUAGGUUUUAUGGACAAGGUUGAAAGUUAGAGGACCUUAAUGGAAUUUUAGUCUGAAAACCAAAUACCCCUUCCAUCUCAGGAGUAUCUCAAGAAUAGGGUGGUACUGGUAGUGAAGACAAAGCAAGAAGGGAGUACCACAUCAUGCCUCUGAUUUAGUUUCAGAUAAGAAUUCUGUUAAUUCAGUCAAGUUGUCCGAAAUGGUGUCACCAUGCUUGAAUCCACACCAGACAAUAUACGAAUAGCUUCACAACAGGCGCCCGGCAUCAGGACCAACACCAUUUAAUCAGAAAUGAAUGAACCAAUAACCAAAGCGAUAUAUUUUAAUCCUAACCUCUUAUCCAGUGAUUACUCUGUGAAGGACCUUCACCGACAAUCCCCUCUAAGGAAUACUAGUAAUAAAAAUUAUGAUGAAAGUUUCUGUGACAUUACCAAAGAGGAGGUGAAGAUACAGGACUUUACAAAUGCUACUGAGUCUGAGACAUUUGAAAAGACUAGAGACUUUGUGGACAAAAAAAGCACAGAGCACCAUCAGUUGUGCAACAGUGCAAACUGUACAGCUCCAGUCCCAUUUUAUGAAAAGCAGACGGGAUUUCAUGUAGCAACGCCUGAAGCUGUUCCUAGUGUUAAAGAAGCCAUGGGGCAGGAAGAGGUCUAUGCAGUACUGGAUUUAAGCCUGCCAAAAAAGAACGUCAGGGAUAACAAAGAAAAGUGUAAAUGUAUUCUUGAUCCUGAGCAUCAGAUGUCAUUAGAAAUGGAGGUGGAUGAGAUCAAGGAUGACACUCAUCAUGUAGAAGUGGUGCAAGAUGAGGAUGAUGAAAUUUACUGGUCUGACUUUGGAAAUUAUUAUAUGAGCAACUUUCACUUAGAAAAUUGGGACCAGUGUCCUUCUGCUUCACAUGUAGCCAUACCAUCUGCAUACGGAUCCGUCAUGUGUCCUGAUCCAAAUGAUACACUUCUCAUAGAUGAACAAGGUAUUCCUUACAUGCUUACUCCAGAUGGUCAAAAAGUUCUCCAGACAGAUCCUUACAAAAUGCCAGCGACUGCCUCAGAUGAGACAGGAUCUGCAGACAUUGAGAUGUCUUUGGCUUUUCAGGAUGCAGAGUCUGACCGAGAGUUGUUUUUUCCAGAUUUGAUUUUGGAGGACUCCUCACCGAAUGUCUCGGCAGAAGACUCACAAGCUACUAUAACAGUGGAGAGGAAAUCUCCCACUGAUUCCUUUGUUGAGACUGGGCCAACUGCCUUGCCAGAGAUGUCUACUCUGCCUUCCCUUCCUAUUCAGAUUAUGGCUAGUAAUACUGACUCAAACACUCCCAUCCUCCUACUCCCACCAUCUCACCUUCAAGCACUUACAGCUUCAGCAUCUAAUGAUAAUUCUGAACUUAUGGCUCUAUCGCUACCAUUCUCCCUUGCCUCAGACACACAGUCCACCCCUGUCCUUCUUGUUCUUUCAUCUCCUGAAGUACCCUGUGGAGUUCAAUCUUCCUCAAUUUCAGGACAUUUUUCGUCAGCUUCCUCCCCAUCGUCUGUUACACGUCCUUCAUCUUCAAGUUCACCUGACUCUAAACCAGAACCUGUCUCCUGCACAACUGCUCUAAAUCUCUCAGGACAAAAUCAAUCCUGUAAUUAUUCUGCUGCCCCUACCUCAUCCAUUGUUUCCUCCAACACUUCCUCAGUGAACUCUUCAAAUCUGGCUAAGCAACUGAAAACUGAUGCCUGCUCUGACAUGCCCACUUCUUUCCAGGAAGCGUUGCUUAGAUUAGCUGUAUCUGCUGAACAAAAAAAUGAAAACCGAACCAAAUGCAUUGACAAAUCUUCAGUCUUUAACUCGUCAUCUUGUACUGAAGCAACUCCAGCACUAGAGGAGCAUUGUGACACUACACAAGUGUCACCAGUUUCUGAGCCAGAGUCUCUCUCAGUGGACCGAACAGACACUCUAUUAAGAACCCCUACUGAAGACCUUCCACUUCAGUCCUCAACUUCUCCUGCUCAUCCAGACUCCGAAAUAUUUCCCACCAACAAUUCAAAAAAACAGGAUCCUCAGGCAUUAGGCCCACGUCGUAUCCUUUACUGCCAGUACUGCCCACGGAUUUUCUACUACCUCUCCGAUCUUGAACGCCACUCCAUCACACACUCCCAGAAGAAGCCGCACGUAUGCCAGCUGUGUGGCAAGGCUUUCAAACGCUCCAGCCAUCUGGAGCGGCACAAGCAUAUCCAUACAGGUGAACGGAACUUUGAGUGCCAGCUUUGCCCACGGCGUUUCAGAGAAGCUGCAGAGCUGACAAGGCACCAGCGGGUACACACAGGUGAAAAGCCUUACCAGUGUCUGUUAUGCCAUAUGCGAUUUGCUGAGCGUAACACUCUACGGCGGCACACUAAGCGCAAGCAUCAGGGUCAGCAGCAGGAAGCAGUGAACACAAAAGUAAAGCCAGAAACCAAAGGGGUUUCACUUGUUGGUAUGCAUGAGCAACUGGAAGAAAAUGCAGAGUGGUAUAUCUCAACAUUGACUGAGAUGGAGUCUGACAAUGACACAGGAGGAGAAUGAAAAUGAAACAUUACGAUAAGGCUUCAUUCAUAUAUUUAGAUUUUUUUUUUAUUAUAUUCGCAAUGUAUUUACUUUUAUAUUUAAAUACAAUUCUUUUCUCAUUAAGUGUGCAGUGAAAAGUUCCACUGAAAUCCAUUUAAGUAGAUUGCCAGAUGACAAUACUUUGGUUUUGCUAUUCUUUUACCUCCCUUGAUACUUCUUAGAAUGUCUUAAUUACAUGAGUACACAUUUCUUACUCUGGUAAAAUGAACCACUGUGCUGUGAAGGUCAAGUAAUCAGAUUUGUUGACUCUUGAUUAGUGCGUUUCCUGUGAUCAUUUAAAAUGCUUCACAAACUUCAUUUACCAAGUAAUGCGUCAUGUCAAAUGAUGCAUUGAGGCACCUUCAGAGGUAUAGCGUAUACUGUGGUGUUAAUUUCAGUUUCCUAUUUUUAUGUAAAAAUCAUACAGAUCUGUUUCUUUUGACUAUUGUGCCUUGAAAUACAGUACAUUUAAUUUCAGUUGCUUGUUGUUUUUCAAAAGUAAUGCACACUGUGAAAGUAGAACACUUAAAAUUUCUCCUCAGCCUGUUCUUCUUGCUUUCAGUUUGCCGUGAACAUAGAAGUGUUCUCUGUAUCACUGAUUGUUGCUCAAAGUGUCAGCAAAAAAAAAAAAGUGUUGCUCAUUUGAAGUUUGGGUUGGUAUUAUACGUUGCAUUUUGGUAUAAUAUGAUUAAUACAAUGGAAUGUAAAUAGCAUUUAAUAAGUUUUUGUGUGUAUAUAGAGUGUUUGGUCAUUUAAUUUUCAUUUCUUAAUUUGAGUGUGACUGAAAGACAUGCACAUCAGCAGCAUAAAUAUACUGUAUAAUAUGUUAAUAUAUUCCUGUAAAUAAAAAAAAGGAAAAAAAAAAGAUCAUCCUGGGUCUGAUUGCCCUAGGGUUAAUUUAAAACUCUAUAGCGUGGAUUUCAUAUAUAAUUAGCAAUCUGAAUAUUUGCACACUGUAAUUAAAGCAUGCUUGCUGAUCCUUCUCUCUGACUAGUCAUUUUCAUGAUCAAAUAGUACAAGUAGUUUAUUCUGCUUUGGCAUCACUGGACUGCAAAUAUUCAAAGCAGCUUAGACAGAGCUGCUAAGAAAUAGUACCCGAAUGACACUUUUGGGGUUGCAGUAUUGUGCUGGACUUGAUAUACAUUCAAAAGGAUCAAUUUUAUUUAUUGAACUCAUUAUACAUUAUACUUGCCACGGUGCUAUGUAAUAAAAAUGUAAUUGUCAUAAGAGAGAAUGUUGUAAGCCUUACAAAUUAUUAUAUUAAAGAGAGUAAGCAAAUUAACUGCCUGGAAAGUAAAUGCAGGAAAUAAUGUAUUCUGUAUUAUUCAUAUUAAUAGAUAUGUGGUAAGACCAAGAACUUCUAUGAAACACAAGCCACUGGGUUUAUACACACAUGCAUAAAUAUGAGCAUAUGCCAUAGUCUCUGUCACACUGUCUCAUAUCUAAAUAAAAUGCCUUAAAAUAAAA